ACAGCGCCAUAAUCAAACCGCGGAUUGUUUCAUGUCAGAUUUAUCAAAUUAACAAAUUAAAUUCGAUAAACGAGAUUAAAGUAAAAUCUCCGCCAGUUUUUGACGUCACUAAAUGUCAGUUAGUCUCCGGAAGAUCGAGUUUCGUCCCGUUUGUGAGGCUAACGAAGCUAACAGACGCAGCUAAUGCGGCUCCAACAGGGAGCUAACGAAGCUAGCCAACUUCAGCUGGUGUUCUCAGGUAAAGUCACCGACCGACCACAGCUGCUCUCUGUCGGACACAGCGGCGAUGAGCUGCCCGGUGAAACUCCAGGCUCUGCCGUCCGGUGUGUUUGAAGAGGUGUUCACCCCGGAGAAUGUGAGAGGACGAAACUCUCUCACUCCACUGAGUUUCCCCAAAUCCAGAUCAUCCCUGUGGGACAGCAGCCCCGCUGGAGAGAAGCUCCACCUCCAGCUCUGCUCACACAGGAAGCCUCGGGUGGUGCUCUUAGAGAAAGCUCUGCGUCUGGCUCAGCGCCAUGUCCGUCACAGCAACAAGCCCCGCCUCCACUGUUUCUUCCUGGGAUCAGUGUCGGUGGACUCAGAUGAGGAGGGGCUCACUGUCACUCUGGACCGGUUCGAUCCAGGUCGGGACAAGACUGGAUCCUUGGGUAGAGUUCCCUCUGCUCUGCUGCCCGGAGACAUCCUGGUUCCCUGUUUGUUCUCCACUCACACUGAGACAACACCUGACGCUGUUGUCCAAUCAGAGGCUGAGCUCCAUCACUGCUUCAAGGUGCUGCAUCAGUUUGUGAGCAGCAGGCAGACUCUGGAUCUGUCUCAGCUGUUAAAGGUCAGAGGUCGUGUGGUCUGCUCUCCGCAGUCUGACGCCACCUUGUUCGGUCUCAGCUGGGCGGCCGUCUAUCCGUCUGUCGGCGUGGACGUCCAGCCGGUCCGAGCCAUUCCCGUCAUCCCCACCGCUCUGCUGAGGACUCUGACCAGCGUCAGCCGGCCGCUGCAGCACACCGCCAACCGACAGAGAGGGUUUCUGACCAUGGAUCAGACCAGGAAACUGCUCCUGCUGCUGGAGUCUGAUCCUAAAGCCUCCAACCUGCCGCUGGUCGGACUAUGGCUGAGUGGAGUCACACACAUCUACAACCCUCAGGUGUUGGCCUGGUGUCUGAGGUUCCUGUUUAGCUCCGCCCUCCAGGACAGAGUUCUGUCAGAGAGUGGGUGCUUCCUCCUCGUCCUCUUCGCCUCCACUCACCGAGCUCCUCAGUUCUUCCAGUGCCGAGCACUGGGACCGGGACCGGGACCAGCACUACAGCUGGACUGUGACCUGCUGACCGCCUUCCAGUCCGUCACACUCUACCAGGUGGCGUCGGUGGACGGUCAGACUCUGCAGUGUGAGCUGGGCUCAGAAGAUCGCAGCAGACAGAAGGAGGUCUUCAGAGAGGCCCAGAGAUCCUUCAGCAGCGCCCCCCCACCAGCUGCCGGUGUCAGUGAUCAGGACUCUGGAGUCGAAGAUGAAGACCUAUCUCCACGACCGUCCCCGAGUCCUCACCCCCCAGCUCAGCAGACUCGGAGAGUCCAGCCGUCUGUUCCUGAACUCUCUCUGCUGAUUGACAGCAGCUUUACCUCCAAUCACAACGCUUGGCAGGACCCUGGCUCCGCCCACAGACCUCCUCCACCUCCUGCUGCUGACAGGAAGUCUGCUCCUCCAACAGGAAUCUCUUCCUCAGCUCCCAGACCCGUUCCUCCUCACCUCCACAGCACCCCCAACUCCAACCUGCAGCAGCCGUGCUCCUGCUGCUCCCCCAACAUCUACACCUGCACCUCCAUCUUCUCCUCCCCUCGACACCUCCCUGCUCUUCCACAGGCUAACCUUCACCCUGCUCCUCCUCCUCCUUUACACCACCACACUCCUCCUCCCUCCACUCAUGUCUCUGCUCUUCCUCCUUCCCUUCACCCUCCUCCUCCUCCUCCUUUACACCACCACACUCCUCCUCCCUCCACUCAUGUCUCUGCUCUUCCUCCUUCCCUUCACCCUCCUCCUCCUCCUCCUCCUUUACACCACCACACUCCUCCUCCCUCCACUCAUGUCUCUGCUCUUCCUCCUUCCCUUCACCACACUCCUCCUCCCUGCCCCUGCAGCCACCCUCCUCCUCCGCUUGUCCCACAGUGUGGUGACUCCCCCUCUCCCCACCCCUCCCAUCCAGCAGACCCUGGCUCCCCCCCCUUGCUCCCCCCUCCCUCCUGUGUGAAUCAGCAGGGCGGAGUUGCACCAUCUGACACCUACCAGCUCCUCCUCCAUCAGGACCGACAGCUCCGCCUCCUGCAGGCUCAGGUUCAGAUGCUGCUGGAGGCUCAGGUGAAGCUUCAGUCCUCCAGUCAGACCCCCAGGAGCAUGGCCAGCAUCGCUGUGGGGACAGGUGCCAGUCUUUUCUGGGGGGAACCUGUCCAGACCCUCCCUCAUCAGGAAGUACAAGCCCCUCCCCCCUCAUCCAAACUUCCCUCUUCCAACUCCCCCAGCACCCCCCCCUCCCUCAAACACUCCUCCUCACAUGACUUGUCUGUCAUCAGGCCUGUGGGCGGGGCUGAGGAUGGUGACAUCACACAACAGGUGGCUCCCUGCUCCCCUUCUGGUCAGCACAGCCUCAGUGGUCUACACAGUCCAGUUCUGGGAGAGAGUGCGAGCAUGUACAGACCAGCAGAGGAGCAGCAGAGCUUCUACACCAACCUCAUGACUCAGCUGACCAGUCGUCUUCAGGAGUCAGACAGCACACACGAAGUGGAUGAGUCCAGGAGGAGGAGUCUGUCUUUGGUUUCUGACCGCUCCAAGGCCUCUUCCUCCGCCUCCUCCUCAUCCUCCUCCUCCACCAGGAGGAAGCAGCAGAGUCCAGGAGGAGACCCUGUGGUCAGCGCCACUCUGAGGCAGCUACAGCAGCUCGGAGUCGACGUAGACGAAGAUCUGACAGAGUCUGACAGAACCCGGGUCAGGACUGUGGAGAGCGCCAGCACUCUGGCGAGCAUCAACCCGGCUGCCGUCGUGUCCAGACUGAGCGUGUCUGAUCCGACCGUCAGCGCUCUGUUCACAGGAGGCAGUGUGGAUCUGAGCCUGGAGGCCAACGCCAUCGCCCUGCGUUACCUGAGCGACUCUCAGCUCAGCAGGUUGUCUCUGGGAGGCCAUGCCCCCCGCCCCGAGCCCGCCUCCGCCGGUGACUCCCUGCUGUCGCCUAGCAACAUGUCUCUGGCCACCAGGAAGUAUAUGAGGAGGUAUGGCCUGAUCGAGGAGGAGGAUGGCGAGGAGGAACAGGAGCAGGGGGAGGUCGGAGGUCAGGAGGCUUGUACUCGUCAGCCGCUGACAGAAGCUCUGAACGUGAAGCUCCUCCCACAGAGUCAGCUGAUCAGAGACCUGCGGCCAAAGAUGCAGGUGUUAACGGGAAACACCAAACCGAGCGCCGCUGCCAAGGAGAACUGUUCCAGCAGGCGGCCAUCUUUAGUGAGGGCAAGCAGCCGCCAGACGGAGGGGUCAGUGGGAAACAUCCUGGACCUGAGCCGCCUGAGACAGCUGCCCAAACUCUUCUGACUCCACAACACCAGCUGACUUUAAAACUGUCAGACUUUAAAUGGAGUCUUGUGUGUCUGAAGCACUUCUGGUCAGGAAUCAGUCUGCUGGUCUGACUCGGGUUCUGGUUUUCAUCUGCCAUCUUCGGUCAGUUGGAUGGUUUGGUGUGAAACAUCUGUCCAGCUGCUGUCAACACCUGGAACCAGAACCUGAAAACCAGAGCAGAUGGAGGACCAGUAUGAAGUAUUGUAACGUGUAUUGUGGUCUGUCAUGGUCAGACUGGUUUUACUGGAAGCCUGUUGCCUGUAGUUUUUCUGCUGUCAGUCCUUUUAUCACAGGUGUGUGUGUGUGUGUGUUUUACAUUUUGUCUCUUAUUGUGAAAUGUCUCUUUUACAGAUUUUUAAUAUUAAUGAUUCCACUAAUAAAAUUCUGAUUCUUUUA